AUGAUUGAGCCGGACGCCUCAACUGACAAACUUGGAAAGGAGUAUCUGGAUGAACCAAUAGAGUCUCCGAUUGCCGAAACGGAUUUAACCGUAGAUGAGGCUCUCGAAGCUGAGGCUGAGGCCGAUAAGCUCUCCUCCGUUCCCCUCAAGGACAUCCCAACAUUAGUAUAUCAAAGGCGGCCGCCAGUCAUCCCCGCCUUACUAAGCAAAUUAAGGUUUCUUGUUCAUUUGUCAUUGCGGAAGAAUGGUCUCUACUUCCUGCCAAAUAUUUUUGAUAGACUCCGUCAUUUAAAGCGUCUUUAUUUGAGUGAUAAUAAUCUACGAAAGCUCCCUUCGACGCUCUACUCCUGUCACGCCCUGACGCACUUGGAUUUAAGUCAUAACAAAAUGUCCUCCCUGGAUGAACGAAUAACAAAUUUUAAGCAUCUAAAACUGCUUUACUUGGGCAACAACAAUUUUCCCCUCUGCCUUCAAGAAAUCAUCAGAAAUGCUAACAUCGAAGGGCUUUUUAAGUGGGUCAUAGCGGAAUCCGAAAACUCCCGUAAGUUCUCUCGCCGUCCGGCCUUCUUGUUUUUUUCUUACUCUCCAGAUAAACGUUACUCAUUUCUUUGACUUUUUCAUCUUGCAGUUAUAGUCUAAUUUUUGAACCACUGUAUAGAUGGUUAUAAAAUUGCGAGAUAUGCGGUUUAAGCCGACUACCUAAAACGUGAAUGCCAAGGACCGUGGUUCCUAUAAAAUUGGCGAAUUUCCAGAUAAGUCUUCACAUUUGCCCUAAUUAUCAGGGGCUUUCUCCUCAAGCACCUUUCACUAACUAUAUCUUAUCAGUCAUGCUUCAUAAGGUAGGCAGAUUCAGCGUAAGUAACUAAAGGUGGGUGUUUGACCUGUCUCUCCGCCUCUACGAUAGCUCACAAAAUAGUAUAAGUCAUCUUUUAUUAUAAUCGUUCUAAGAUAACUAUGUGUUGUUUUCUACUACACUGGCAGAAGUUUGGGUUUAGAUCACCAAUUUAUUUGGUAGGACCGGUAAAUCGUUAAUAGGUCAGGCUAAUUGAAUCACCUAGAUAAAUUCAUCGGAAAGCCUUCAGUGUUUGAAUUCCUUUUAUUAACCUAUACUAGUUUUACUACAAGAUUUUCAAAAUUUCAAAUGGCAUAAUUGUGUUUUCAGCUACGUGCACCAUGUCAUAUCAUUUUAGUAUCAUGCCACAGUAUUCGGUCUAGCCUAGAACAGGGACAAAAUCAGGAGUAAACUGAGACAAUCUCUUUUUAUGGUUUAUUAAAGCCUUUCUCAUUCAGUCAUUAUCUGCGAUUCUUUAGGAACUGACAGCUCUGAGGUUUGAUAUGUUACCACUUCUUCACUAUCUCUCCUAUACCAUUUCAUCUUUGCUUACGCUGGGAAAGUGAACAGACCGGCGUUCGCUUAAUCUAAUGAGAAUUAACACCAGAAAGACAGGGGUACUAAAUAUUCCGUACAUCUAGACAGAGUCUGGCAGGCAGCUAGAUGCUCUUCAAUUUUCGUCCAUUGAUCUUCUGUUAUUUCCACUAUGUGGACCGUUUGCACGAAGAAUGGUGUGUCGUUGGUUCUGCUAAUAUAUAAUGGACAAGGUUAUUAUUUUAUGAAUGAGGAAAUUCAUAAAUCUAAAACUAAAAUUGUUUACGUCCAUCCGCGUAUUUGUCUAACACUAGAGGACCGAGCGUGUGCGGCCCAGUGGAUGGUCAUCCACUAGUAAUAUAUGCCGUCCCUUUCGUGGCUGGUUUGCUGUGAGUAACCAAGCGACAGUUGAUUGCAAAUAAUAACCGGUUAGCCUUUCUUACUAAAAGGCUUUGUGUUUUAGAUAUGAUCAAAUGAUUACUUGGAGAACGGUCGUACUUUUAAGUCUUUUUCAAUGAAGUAGUUUUAUUUACCCGGAGAUCUGAAUCUUUGGUCUUUUGAGGGAAUUUUAUUUUUUGAACUCACACGAAAUUACGGAUCUUUUUAUCAUGGAUUGGAUUUAGAAACGGCCAAUAUUCAUAAUAUUAAUUCUUUGUUUUUCGAGAGGGUCAUAUUUUAGUCGCCGAGUCUUGAUUUUGUAAUACCGACAAUUUGAGGAUGAGCCAUAUGUUGACCACAGCUUAUUGUGAUUCGAAAAUUGGCUGUAUGGACGUAUUAACAGUUAGACCAGCGCAAACGAGUCAUCCUGUAAAACGAUGACUUAUCGGAUUCUGCAAUCUGUUAGGACAGAAAAGGUAAACAUACAUUUAAAAAAUAUUUUCCCCUGCUAAAGGGCACUAUAUACCCGUUAGAUUUAAAAGAUGCCUUAGUCUUCUCCGUUUCUUAGAGCGAGGGACGGAAAGAAUUAUAAAGGCUACCAUUUUGGCAUAGACAAGGAGCCAUCUACCACCGUCAUCUGUUCAUCUUGUCCUCUUACUGCGUCUGCAGACUUGCUUAACUACGGUUAUGCAUACAUACAUACAUACAUACAUGACAGUUCAUCCGUCGUUUCCGACUAUGACUGCCGUGUGCUCCGCUGAAAGGUGAGAGCAGGGACAGUGGCUUGUGCGUGAUUUAGUUUAUAGUGAAGCUAAACUUACGCCGCAUCUGCUGCUUCCUCUUCUCCUCUCAACCUGGGCCCGGUGUCAAGAAAGACUCAAGAAGAUCGGAGGCAGGAGAGGGCGCAGGUGAAUGGCACGGUCGAGCCCACAACUUGGCGUUACACCCCAUACCCCCCUGGUCCACACAGCAAAUGGCCAGGUUUUUUAACCAACAAAAACAAUGAAGGUGGCGCGGCCAAGGCCGCACCUAGGCGUGCCGUCACACCUGUCUCGGAUUCCACGGAGUGUCAUAAAAGCCAUAUUAAGAAGGAACCAUUGCAGCCGGAGUCUUAGGUCAGCAGUCGGCCGCUCCACCAACACCGGGUCGACUGCGAGGUCCAAGUUUUCCCAUCAGUUGGCAGCCUUUCAAGCCACGGUUUUUAGCGCAGCGUGAUAGCUUUAAGCGCGUCAGAUUGUUUAUAGUGAGGAAAAUGCGCUGAGCCGUCGACUCCGCUCUCCCUUCCCAUUCCCAGGUCCCAGUCACUGUCCGAGCCGGUCAGUUGACAGGUGCGGGGGAUGGGCGCGGUGGCUGACGUACCUAGUGACCUUGUCAGCGCGCGCCACAUGCAGGACCUGCCCCCCCCCCAUACACACAAACACCAGGAUUUCACACAACGGGGGUUGAACGACGUGUCUCUCACUUGCGCAGGUAUGGGCUUUUGGCUAGUACCUGCGCUGUUAGUAUGGUAUCGCCUUACCCUAAAAUAUAGAGGCGGCUUUGAUCCCAUCCAAGUGGAAGUGCCGUAGAGGUUACGCUAAGUAGAAAUCAUUGCAGCCUGACUCUCGAUCCUGAGGGGAGGACCGAGUUAUCCUGCUAGUUGGCAGUCUUCCAAGCCACGACUUCUUCGACACCAUGUAGUUCAAAAGUGCGUCAUAUUGUAUACAGUGAGGAAUGUUCGCUGGGUGCCGCAGAGACGCACUCCCCAAAGUCGACCUCACUCUCUCCCUCCUCUCUCUCUCUCUCUCUCUCUCUCUCUCUCUCUCAGGCACCGGUUCGCUGACCAAGCGGGUCGGCCGUCUGAUGCGGGGAUUUUGCGCAGUUGUCUGGCACGUGGUAAGACUGCGCCUAGGGGUGCGCCACCACGCUCCCCACAUGUGUGGCACCAUUCGUUAUGGGCGUACAGCCUGAUCUGGCCCCGUGUUGGUUUAGCGCACCUCCCGCUUGGCCCCUUGUAAGGCAAUUAAGACUGCUUCUAUGGCUCUGAUAAGAGCAGAGGGAUUAAUAAAGAUGGCCUACCUUGUUGGGUCCGGCAUUUUCCACCGUUGAAGCAGUGGGCGGUGACAAGGAGGAGAGCUGAGGAGGAGUGUCUGAGGAUGUCAACGGUCCCAGCUCAGGGGCCAUAUGAAUGUAGAUUUUCUGUGCCAAAUCCGGUGUCAACUGGAGGUCCCUCUGUGAGUCCCCGCGUGAACCCAGAGCGGCCAUUGUGAGAUGAAGAAGAAUCCUGUGCACCAGGAUUUCACGCCGCGGUGCAGAAGUACACUUCAUAUAUUGUUUACAGUGAGGAAUGUUCGCUGGGUGCAGCGGGGACGCAGUCCCCGAAGUCGACCUCACACUCUCUCUCCAUUCCCUGGUAUCAGUCCUCUGUCCGAGCCGACCAGUCAUCCGUUGCGGGGAUUGGGUGCAGCGGCUGAAAUGCACGAUUCCGCUCCCGAAUUUGACCAGGCAGCAAUCGGGAGAGGGCACCCAAACAUCCGUUGCUUAGAAACGAUGCCCACUAUAUCUACUUGAGUAGGUUAUAGACCUACAGUGCGUGACCUAUCUCAUGAAAUGUUGGCUGAAAUUCUGAAAUGCGUUUUCGAUUAUGAAGGAUUACUUGGUCGCGGUUGUGAUACUGAUUAUCUUAUGGCAUACUCUUAUAACAUUUUGGACUCGGCAGGAUGUGGACUUUUAAAUGCACUUUUUUCAAUCUCCUGUAGAAAGCCUGCUCGGUAAAAGAUGACUAUUUAAGUAGCAUGCAUUUUUCGCAUUGAUUUUCGAUGGUCUUGGAAAUUAAAAUAUAUUUUAUAGAAACCACAAACAAAAAUAUGCUUUCUUUUAGUCAAUCAAUAGAGAAUUACGUCUUCUUUAUAUUUUAUACUUAAAGAAGGAGUAUAAUUAGGUUUUAAAAAAGUUUUCUAAUUGCCGAAUAAUUUGGAGCCUGAUCAUUCGUUGCAUUAGUGCUUAGUGAUUACACUCUACGAGGUGCAUGCGUUCCGCGUAAAGAAAAUCCCAUAUUUUUCUAUGUCAUUAAAGAGAUAUCAUACAGGGCCCAUAAAAUUUUGCAAUGGAUGCGGACAGUGGUAAACGGCCACGUACGAUGCUAUGUGAAUGGACAUAUCGCGGUCUUAAAAAGUCUCAUAAUUAGAAACUUUUUUAAAGCCUAAUUAUACUCCUUCCUUAAGUAUAAAAUAUAAAGAAGACGUGAUUCUCUAUUGAUUGAGUAAAAGAAAGCAUAUUUUUGUUUGUGGUUUCUAUAAAAUAUAUUUGAAUUUCCAAGAUCAUCGAAAAUCAAUGGGAAAAAUGCAUGCUACUUAAGUACAGAUUUGGUGUUUCAUCCGACCUCAGUUUCAUCUGACCUUAAGUCCACAUGCUUUCUCACUUAGAUUAGCAUAGUCUCCAACAGUUGAGCUGCGACCUCUGUAGACCGAUCCAUGGUUAAUCAACCUUGACCUAGGCUUACACGGCUGACGAGUGGCAGCAGUAGUGUUGUUGCGGUUAAAUCCAACUUUACAUACCUUAGGAGAGUUGAGAAACGAUCGCUGUAGACCGACCAUUGGUUCGCCAUCCUUCACAUAUGCUUUCUUAGGUCACGAGCGACGACAUUAGUCCGUCGUUUACAUUUUGGAACUUUCGGUAGAUUUAAAAGUUUUGAAGGAAGGACUCUACGGUCAAGAGGUCUCCACUAAACGCAAAUCUAUUUGAAACAUUGCUGAAGACAAAACUCCGGGAUUAAUGAAAAGUUGUGAUUUUUGGGAUAUUUCGGAUUAUGUUCCAGUGUCUGAUGCAUGGCAGAAUUAGAAAUUGUUGAGCGGACUAUUCGAUAUGGUCUCAUAUGAUCCUUGCUGAUACGAUAAUUUUGCCAAAUUGAGCAUCUUUUAGUUUAUUCCGCACGGCUUUGCAUUGAAUAUUAGUCUAAACAAAGAUGCUGAUAAAUAGGCAAAGCCUGUGCUACUUAGGUCCUGCAAAAUGUCUUUGUGACAAGCAAUUAUAGUAGAAAAUCCUAUUCUGCCGCUGUGCGACUGCUGACGAGACUUGAGAAAGAACCCCAAGGCACAACAGGACGAGUGAGUUCGACAACGUGAUCGGUGAGCGCCUCUCCACCAUAGCAGCUCCUUGGUUUAUUGGAAUUUUUAUAAACAGUCCACUUGUGCACCAAAAUUAUUGUUGGAAUCAACACUCAACUCUACCGCCAUCUUCAAGAACAUAGACGAUGAUUGCAGCCUGAUAUCGACCACUUUGAUUUUUAUCUUACUGUUCUUUGAGUAUCAUCGCUAAAUGGACCUCACCUUUUCCGUCUGUUGACUUUAGAAAAUCUUCUCCGUCAGAUGUGUGAAAUAUUUAUUAAGGAGGCCACGCCAGAAACCUGGCCCCAGGUUUCUCAGAGGUUGGGUCUGACUGAGGAAAUCUCACAGAAAAUUGAGGAGGAAUUCCCCGGCGGAUUUAACUUUAAACGCCGUGUACGGCUAUCUCUGGAGUGCUGGACUGGUCUGGUCCUUGCUGAGUCACGCCAGGACGGCGAUCGUCUGAAAAAUCGUUCUUCUAGUACGCUGACGGUGAAGUCCUCCUCAAAGUCUUCCUCUUCUAUUGACGACCUCGGAACACUCGCAGCCGAGGGCGAGCUCGAGAGGAAGGCCGAAGAGACGGCAACUGAAGGGACCAUACAGCGUACCAAUCUGCGGCUCUCACUUCCAACCGUCGAGGACAAGGAGGCGCUUAGAUCGCAGACCAUCCCAAAAAGCCUCACUGCUGCAAUCACCGGCCCCAAGGCCACGCCCGAGAGAUUUUACCAUGUACUUCGACUGCUACGAUUAGACAACCUAGCUGAUGCAGUUGGGCGUGUCUUCGAAUCCGCAUGGAUUCACCACGUUUAG